AUGAAGAUCGCGUUUUUCUCGUCGCACAGCUACGACGUGGAGUCCAUGGAGCGUGCAGCGAAACUCGACGCCGUCACUCCUACGCACGAGCUCCAGUUCUUGGCCGCGAGACUGGACGUUCACUCGGCCAAGUUAGCCGAAGGGUGUGAAGGGGUUUGUCUCUUUGUCAAUGACGUUGCGGACGCGGACGCUCUUCGUGCCCUGCACGCGGGCGGUACGCGAGUGAUAUUUCUUCGUUGUGCAGGGUUCGACCGGAUCGACCUCCAAUGUGCGAAAGAAGAGCUCGGGAUGCCAGUGCUCCGGGUUCCCGCAUACUCGCCGUACGCCGUUGCGGAACAUGCUGCUGCAUUGAUGAUGACACUGAACCGCAAGAUCCACCGCUCGUAUAACCGUACUCGCGAGCAGAACUUUCGUCUGGAGGGGUUACUGGGCUUUGAUGUCCAUGGCAAGACAGUCGGGGUCAGUCCGGAGGCUCAGAGCUAUGGUGCUGAGUAUGAAUCGCUUGAUGAGGUCUGGGCGCGCUCGGACAUUGUGUCACUGCACUGUCCACUGACUCCGUCGACGAAACACACGGUCAACACAGAGAGCAUUUCGAAAAUGAAGGACAAUGUUAUGAUUAUCAAUACGAGUCAUGGUGGCCUGAUUGACACGAAAGCGCUGGUGAACGGUCUGAAAAGCCGCAAGAUUGGCUCAGUCGGUCUUGACGUGUUUGAAGGCGAGGGUGACUACUUCUACUCGGACUGCUCGGGUGGUAUCAUUGCCGACAACACGCUCGCUCGUCUAUUUACGUUUCCGAAUGUGAUCAUCACGGGACACCAGGCGUUUUUCACGGAAGAGGCUCUCGACAACAUCAGCUACACUACAAUGAGCAACAUUCAAGCGUACAGCGCGAAAGAAGAGCUGGUGAACGAAGUCAAGUGA